CUGACAGAUGUUCGAAGAAAGAUGAUGUUGGAGAAAGAAAAUCAGUUGAUGAUACCAGCACUUAUUAAUUCUGCAGUGAAACCGGUACUUUGUUUGUGAGAGAAAAGACGUGCUGUACAUCUGCUGAGCUCAACAUCUACGUUCAAAAUGUCGUUUCAUGGGAGUGAUUCAGCAUUGGGCUCAUCUAGCCUGUAUCUUGAUGGAAUUCCAUUCAAAAUUGGUGAGAGUUUCAGACGGCCAGCUAAGGUGGCAUUACCAGACACUACCACACAUGCUGAUGUGAUGGGAGCUUUAGCAGAGGAGUACUCCUUCUGCACAGAAGAAGCAGUAUUGGCCUGGUUGACAGAUGUCCGUCGUGCGGAAGAAGUAAAAAUACAACAGGAUACUGAGCGUUCUGAGAGGGAACCAAAGAACAAAGAGAGAGAGGAGGUGAAUUCAUCUGGCGAUGAGAAUGCUGAUGAAACAGAAGUGAAAGAGAUAAACUGGAACAAGGAGUCAGUUGUUGACAGCAGCCGGUCCUGGUCCAAUCCUGUCCUGGCAUAUUUCAGCAGUGAUUUGCUAAAGCCUACUCCGAUUGCAAACAACAGCACACCUAUUCCACAGUCAACUGGAACAGCUGCCAGUGGAGGAAACGACUUUGAUAUACGAUCUUUUGAUAAAGUAGAUGAUCCUUUUGAUAAUUUGGAACUUCAAGUUAUAGAUGACUUAGAAGAAUUAAAAUCAGUUCUGCAAGGAUCACAGUCCACCUUAAAUAAUGGUGAAUCAAACAGAGCUGAGACGAAAGCAAGCACAGAAAGUAAUUCCAAUACAAACAAUUGCGAGUCCAACAAGGUGACAAUGCGCAAGAAUGCUGUUAGAAUGAAGCGCGGUAAAAUAGCAAGUUUGACUAGUAUUUCCUCUGUGAACAAUGCCCAAGCAGUUGAACCUGCUGGGCCAGAGUAUGUUAAUUUUCAUUCUGUAGCAGAUGUUACAAACCCUAAAAAAGAUCGAGGAGCGCAUAGACAGUUACCACCCUUGCCAGCUCAAAGGCAUAGCAUUGCUCUACCACCUCUUAGAGAUGUUCAGAAGGCAAGUAGUACUGUUGAUAGCUCUAAAGGUGUGCAGCAGGUGAGACCUAACUCUAAUCCAGAGUUACAACUCUUGGGUAAUGGGCAGGCACAAGAUCACAGUGACUAUGAAAAUGUUGAGGUUUUCAGUCCUAGUUUGGAGAGCUCCAGCCCAGCUCUAUCAAACAACGGACAUUCCAUUUCAGCAGAUUAUGUAAAUGUACCACAUGCUGUGAACAGAGCAUCUAAAUCAGCGACAGAUGGACCUGUUGUGAAUAAGAAUAAUUUGCGCGCUGUGAAGAGCACUCCGAGUCUUCUACACGAGGAUGGCGAGUCAGCAACUGCAUCUGCUGUGUCACAUUCCCCACCCGCUAGACCCUCUUCUGGACAGUGUUGUGUUGCACUGUCUGAUGCUGGAGCUAACAAGCAAACGAAGAACAAACGUAGUGGUAAGAGCAAGGAGGGUAGGAGAGUAGGGAGAAGCACUUUUUAUGAAAACAUAGAGAUCCUUGAACCGAAAAUUCAGGAAGAGGCCUGGAACAAGUAUUCUCCCCUUCCCCCCACUGGAGGACAGAAUGGGAGGAAGCCUGCGUCAAUACCUCAGCAUUCAGAGAGAACAUCUGAGCUUGGGGAGAGGCCUAGUGGCGAAAGAGCAGCAGAGAACUUAACUGCUGGCAACAAGGAUCCCUAUAGCAGUCUCUCAAUUGAAGCCCAGGCAUUCGUCAACAAUCUCACCAGUAUGGGCUUCCUCGCUCACUGGGCUUCUAGAGCUGUCCUCAAGCUGGGUCAAGAUGACAAACUUGUCGUGGAACACCUUUGUCAUAUCAACUCUCUAGUGGAGAAAGGCUAUACAGCUACUCUUUCAGAAAUGGCUCUACAUCUCUUCACCAACGAUUUGAAUAAAGCUGUAAAGUAUUUGGACCUUUAUAUACAGUUCCAAGAAUUGGGCUUUCAGCAAGAAAAGAUUAGAGAAGCUCUGGUACGAAAUGACAUUGAUAGAGACAAAGCUUUGGACUUCCUGACAACUUAAACCCACAAGAGGCAGAUGGAUGUUUCUUCUCUCAGUAACUGUCCGCUUGUUGUCAAAUAUCAGAAAAGCUCCUUAAAGUUUGACAGAUCUUGUGUUUUGAAUUUUUGUAAAAGAUUUGUAUAGUUGUGAUAUAUCAUCGGUUUCUUUUUUUUUCUUUUAUUCUUCAACCAAAGUACAUGCAGUCAAUCACAUUUCUUAUCAGAAAUAUCUGGAGUACCAGUAUAUGUGUCUUUUUGAAAUUUGAUGAACGUUGCUCCAGUAGAAAGUCUGUUGUAAACUGAUAUUGGCAGACAUUCUACUUUUGAGAUUUCAUGUUUAGCUUGAUAACAUAUAUGUGUCCAAAACAACUCAACCAAAAUCAGUGAAACUGUAAAGGGGAGCAGUGCUUACUCUAUAUGGAAGUGCUACAGUGUAGUCGGUUUCAGGAAAAAGUCUGAAUGUGUUCAUUGCAGGUGACCUUUGCAUGACCUAUAUAUUAUCUUGCUUCUCGCACUGCGUUGUAACUCUCGUGCACACUUGUAUAGAACCUGUGUAAUAUGUCCCCAUACUUGUUUCAGUCAAAAUUCACAUUUUGUGGGAAAACGUAACUAUUAUUAAGCUUUAAUGAAUGAAAUAUCAUAUUGUGGCUUCCGUUGUAGGUCCCUGAGAGUGGAAUAGAUCGUGGUCCUGCAACACCUCAUUGCAAUCUCAUGUUUUACUAACAAUGACACCACUAACAAUGACACCCAGUAGACGUUCAACCGACAAAAAGCUCUAGAUACAACAGCUCACCAUGGGGUUUACACAUGUAUUUGGGGGUUUUAAUUUAUUCACGUCCAAAACUACUGGGCCAGGUACAGUGAAAUUUCUUACAUGGAUUCACUAUUGGAGUCUCAUCUUCAUCUGAGAUGUGUUUCAUUCUUCCCAGCUUAGCUUUCAGAAAUAAUGUGUGUACGUUAAUGUGAAGGCUAAUCUGGGAACACGUCCAACCGAUCUCAGAGCUAAGUCUCGUCAUACUCAUACGUUUCAUACUUGGUUAAAUUGUGGUCAGACCAGAUAACCUUUGACGUACUAUCUCUUAUCUGCUUAAAAGGUCACACCAGUUAAGAUUUUGUUUUAUGGGCUUAAUUCAUCUUUGUACAAUGCCGAAAGAAAGAUUUAACUCACUUCAUAUGCAUGGGAAAUAAGGCUUCCCAUUUUCCCAGCCAAUUUUCCCAUUUCUAAAGUAUUUAGGUGAUUGGAAAGCCUUGAAAAACAGUAAAAUCAUUAAAGUCAACAUAAAGUCAGCCAAUUUCUACACCGCUUAUCAACAAAAUAAAUAGCAAACAAUCGUCCGUACCUAGCCACUCAUUUGGUGGCGCCAUUUUGCCAUGUUAUAGCCAUCUAGAGUGACGUCACAAAACCUAGGAGCUCUCCUAUACCAUCAGUAAUAAACAAUGUGACAUUGAGAAAAUACAAACAAAAAACGCCUGAUACCCAACCAAAGAGUAUCAACCCUGUUCCGGGAUCAAAAGGCCGAUGUUUUUUUAGUUUGACGCUCGGUCAGGGCGAUGUUCGUGGACACAAGCAAUGUGUUUUAGCAGUCCUACCCGUUCUCGUCCUGCACAGGUGUAAGAAUUUGGCUUAGCUGGUUGUACCGACUUCAGGGCAUUUACCGAACAUAGCAGGAUUUUCGAAUUGAUAACAGACUCUUUCAUUCAGGUUUUGGGAAGAUAUUUUCGUAAUAAAUGUGACUUUGCCAAGGAAAAAUAAUGCGAAGUCACAAUAUUUUUCUUUAAGCAUUGACUCUCCGGAGGUGGUGUUUUUGCCAGCUCACCCUGACCACUGCAGUAUCCUGCCGGACAUGUACGCAUUGUGACACGGGCAGCUGUUCUCAGUAGUUUCCUUCUCAUAAAUCUGUGGUUCAAAAUGCAUCAUGUUAACAAUAAAAUUAUAAAAGAAAAGUCAAAUUUUAUUGUAUCGAUAUCUGUCUAUCUACUUUAAGAAACCACACUGACAAUCGAAAGCUAAUAGGUAUUUUGACGCGACAGCGAAUUAUCACGUGACGCUUUCAGAGCAAGGGAUUGCCUAAGAUCAUAAGGGCUUCUACAACAUGGUUACACUAGGUAAGUUGUCCAUCAGUGCCAUAUCUCCCAAUGGUGAACUUUAUUUUCUCGGCUUUCAAAACAUCGUAGAAUGUUUUACAUAUUUUUCUGUGAUAACUGUCCUGUAUCAUUUUUCUAUGUAUAUAUAGUCGCAGACUUUAUGUUCACUUUAAACCAUCAAGAUCAGACAAAAUAAAAUUCAUGGCUCUAAAGUGGUAUGCUAGGCAAUAAUGUAUGCUUUAAAUCUUUUUGUGAUUGGAAAACUGUUUGUGAUUUAUGGCUGUAGAGCCGAGGGGUUUUGGUUAGUGCAGUUUUUUGAUUUUAUUAUUUUUUUUUUUUGGCUGUUAUUUAUUUCCGACAAAGUUUCCAAGUGUAAAAUAAUAUAUGUAUGUAUUGUUUGUUUUUUUUUUUUCUUUGUUUUGUUUUGUAUUUUUUUUCUCUCAUCUAUUGGUAUUUUCUCAUCUGUAACAUGCUACAGAAGCUGGAAGUCCAUAUUCCUUUCCAUUAUUCUGUGAUCUUUUUCAAUUUUGGAGCACAGUAGUCUCACCAAUGCAGUCGCUCUGAGUUCAAGUCCAGCUCAUGCUGGCUUCCUCUCCGGCCGUACGUGGGAAGGUCUGCCAGCAACCUGUGGAUGGUCGUGGGUUUCCCCUGGGCUCUGCCCGGUUUCCUCCCACCAUAAUGCUGGCCGCCGUCGUAUAAGUGAAAUAUUCUUGAGUUCGGCGUAAAACACCAAUCGAAUAAAUCAGAUAAAUUAAAUUUUGGAGCAUGGUUGCACAACAGCAUUAUUUAUACACAUGUACAUUUCUCUUAUAAUUUUGCUUAUCCAGCCUUUGCAUGAAGCUAAAAUUGUUCCAUUUUCUUACAUUACAGGUUUUUAGUACAUAUAAUAGAUGAUGUAUUAAAAGAUGCCCAAUAUCAUGCCAAUAAUUUCCUGGGAAAACCUAUUAAUAAUAUAGUUUUCUUUCACAAUUUGUGUUGUCUCCGUUGCAAGAUACAAAUUAUUCAAAGUACAUUGUAUUAAAUAAAGUAACCUGAGCAGAAAAUGAAUCCCUGUUUUCUUAGAAAAGAGUGUAGAUAAUAGAGACAGUGUCUUUGUCUGCCUCCAUUUCAUGGUUUUAAUAAGCACAUGAGCUUAAUAUAUCCAUACUGUCUGAGUUUAAGCGUCUUCAGCCUAUGGAACAACACGCCUACAUUCUUGCAGUCAAACAUAUGCAGUUGAAACUUUCUGGGAACUGUUUAUAAACUAUUCAUAGUAUAUUACAAGCCGAUGGUGAAGCAAAUAAAUGGGUUGCUGGUACUCGUAUAAGUGUAAUUGAAAUAAUUUCUACAACAUCUUGAUUUUUGGUCGUAAAGAUUGCUUGUGUUAAUUCCUUAAGCUGGGCCAUUUAAGAACCAUGCAGGCACUUAAUUAGUCCAAUCAAUACGCAUUCAUGAAGGAUGUAUCGAUGACUUUCUCGACAAGCAUUUCACUUUAUAACGUGCCUUCAUCUUCAUACAAAGUUGCAGAAUUCAUUGUCAUGGCGAAAUAACCUGGAAACAUUAACCUUAAUUCUGUAAGCAUGUUGUGGCGAAUUG